GGCAAUACUCAUCAGCGCUGACAGCUUAAAUACGAGUGAUUGCCCUUGAUUAGGGUCACAGUACUAGUUGGAAGCCAAGCAAUUGAUACACAAUGCAUCAGUUAUUUCCCUUGUGCCUGUUGGUAGCAGCGGCUGUUGCCUCCCCUGCCAACUACCAAAUGUCGGCGCUCGGUGACGACAUGAUCUUCUACAUCAACCAUGUUGCCAACACUACCUGGAAGAAAGCACUUGAAAUACCAGGAGGUGUGGGUAAGCGACGAUCUUCCCAAAGAAUUUGACCCCAGGAAGAAAUGGCCCAAAUGUCAAAGCCUGAGUGAGGUCAGAGAUCAGUCUACCUGUGGAUCAUGCUGGGCCUUCGGUUCCGUGGAGGCUAUGACAGACAGAAUCUGCAUCGCAGGGGGCGGCGCCGUCCACAUUUCUGCCGAGGACAUGAACAGCUGUUGUGACUCUUGUGGCAUGGGGUUCCACCAGCUACGGAGUGAGAGGUGUCGACCAGAUUGCCCAAGAACUCGUGAGCAACGGACCAGUUACGGCAGCCUUUGACGUUUUUGAGGAUUUCCUUUCCUACAAGACCGGCGUAUACAAGCACGUUACUGGCCAAUAUCUGGGGGGCCACGCCAUCAAGAUCAUUGGCUACGGUGUGGAGAACGGACAGGACUACUGGCUGGUCACUAACUCCUGGAACGAGGACUGGGGAGAUAAGGGAUACUUCAAGAUCGCAAAGGGUAGCGACGAGUGCUCAAUCGAAGACAUGGUUGUCACUGGAAAACCCAAGUUGUAGAUGUCUUCGUGUGUGUCUGUUGUUUAUUUCCCAGUUUUUGCUAGCUCAACUGGUGCCUGUUAUCCAUUACGAAAGCUGUGAGGAUUUUAUUACAAUGUUAAGUCAAUAAAACAUUCCCCAGUUCA